CAUGCUGAACGAAAAUUAAAUUAUGUGUGUUUUCUUUUUUUUAGUUCCACAAAACCUAAACCUUCAAUGUAAAACACAUUUGCUGAUUCCUUGCAGUAAUUGCAGUCGGUUCUAAAACGCGAACUGACCACCUUUCCUUCACUUAUAACAAACACAAGUCAAGAGUGUUGAAAUACGCAGAUUCUUUACGAAUUGUAAAUAAAUAUCUGUAAAUAAAGACUGAAUUGAACAAACAGAGUUCUGUGUUACGGGUUAUAAUUAUGCUAGUUUAAUGCUACAUUUUACGUUUUGAAGUCGUUUUCAACAUGUCCGUUAAUGGAAACGAAUUAAAUUAUUCAACGAUCGGCACAUAGAAUGUGUUAGUAAACACGUGUGACACCGCUUGCCCAAAGACAAAAGUACAUUUACAUUCCUAAACCAAUAAUUUUACAAUGUAGUAGUAUCCUAAUCAAUUCAAUCUUCAAAAACAGCCACUUGCGACCGAAUGGAAGAUAAAUUAAAACAUAAAUGAGUCGAACACAAAAAGUUUACUAAAGACAUUUACCGAUAGAGGAUCAUUAAAUGUCUAUAAUUGAUUGAGCACAUGAUCAUUUUCAGUAAUUUGUUUCAUAGGUUCUGAUCACAGUUUCAUCUAGGGGUUUUCCCACCUUUAAAACAUUAUGAUCGAAUAUUUCGUGACUGGUUUUACAGGAAACAUAUUCAGUUGCUCAGAAUUACCAUAUUAAUCUAUGCUCGCUAAGAAUGAUCGUGAUCGCAAAUGAUACCCCACCGAUUCAAACAUUUGACUGUGUUUGGGAAUUCGGUUAUUGUCAGCAUGUUGAUACGAAUGUCCUUGGUAAUCUUCGUAUCUCGAACGCUUUCAAAGGAAAGAUUUCUGUUUUGUAUAAAUGGAAUUAUAAUACAUACCUCUACCAUCACAAUUCGUCUACGCCCAGCACGGUUGGGAUUGUAAACCAACACGUGUAUACCGUCCGUGUGUUUUUUUUUCUUCUUCUUUUUCGCGAGAGCCAUUGUGGUCCGCUCUCACGAGCACUGUGUAUAGUAGUGUUUUUGCUCGCCGUGAACGAUCAAUGCGGUGAGAGUGCGUGCAUGCAAGAACCAACCGCGCUCGGAUAACGUAGUAUCUCCCUGGUGUGCCUCUAGUUCUGGUCACCACGUAAACCUGUGUACAAGCUCACGGCAGCAGUAGGGCCCAAAAACCGAACCGUCCCAGGUGUGAUUGAUUGAUACUGAUAUUUCUUUUACGGUGCUACUGCCCAACACAAUAGAACCCGCGUUUGUGUUUGUCCGUGAUCCGAUCCGAGUUUGACAUUAAAACGGUCGCGCAGCGUUCACGUUUGUUUUAAGGAAGCCCGGAAAACUCAUGCAUAUGCAACACACACGGUAUGCCUAGCAGAUAUUUGCAUAGAUUUAUGUGCGCGCUGCCAAAUCGUCACCGUGCAGUGCAUUGAUCGUGUACACGCGUGUGUGUGUGUGUGUGUGUGUGUGUGUGUGUGUGUGUGUGUGUGUGUGUGUGUGUGUGUGUGUGUGUGUGUGUGUGUGUGUGUGUGUGCGUGCUGGGGACACGCACACUUGCCUCGUUAGUGAGACGGAUGCGCCCGUAACGCGGCGGGGUUUGCGCAUGCUCGGACAAGAGGUUUCACGAGCUGUCAGUUAAGUCACGGGAAUGAAGAAAACGAUCAAUACUGCUGGAGAUUGCAGCGAUCGCACUCAUUUCCCAACGAAGCCCGCUAAACGGAAACCAACAAAUGGAAAAGCGUGGGCGAUUGUGCCUGUCGCCAAAUUGUGUCCUGUUCGUUUGACAGUGUGUAGCGUGUGUAGGGAAAGGCACUAUUUCGAGGAACCUUUUUGCUGUGGUUAGUAGCUGUACGGCGAGUGGUGAAAAUUGGUGAAAAUGGUUUACACUAACACAUAGUCACAGGAUAUAUGAAAAGCUACCAUCUACCCAUAUUCCGCUGACCAUAGCAAUUGUACGGAUAAAUCAGUGGAUAAUGAAAAAGAAACAGUGCAGUCUCGAUUUCGAGAAAAAGAAUUGGUGCCAUCGACAAGCGACAAGCGGUUGUGCUUUUAUUGAUUGGUCCGAAUUGUUGGAAUAUUGUGUAGCGGUUUUCAAUGACGACGACGUUUUCGGUUGGUAGUGGUACCAGUGUUUAAGUGAAACAAUGAUUAUUUAAUUUCGUUAGUUAAAUUUCGAACCAAAUCCAUAAAUUAGUACGCUUCUUGGAGGCCAACAACACAGAGCGAGAGUGAGUGUGACCGUGCAUAACUCCUAACGCAUGUGUAACGAUCAAUCAACUGUGCGUCACCGCGUGUUUUGCACAAGCAAAAAGAAAGAAGCAUCGAUUCGUACCGGUUUAUGAUCGUACACGUAUAGUAGAUCGUUCGUUUUGGUUUACCGUAACUGGAAUCGACACGUGUGCAAGUGAAAGCAAUCAACAAACCUUAUGCUUCAGUGGUGCCUAAUAGUGUUAAAAGUUCUAUAAACAUGAAUAGUCCAUGCUAUUAGCAAACGGGCUUGUGUACUUGGAGUUUCCCUCCAAAAAGAAAAACGCUCCUGACGCAUCAUUCCGAGCGCGCAAAACCGAAUCAAACAAGGGUCGCUUGGCUGUGGGAUCAAUCGUUUUUUUUUUGUUGCUUUUGUGAACCCAUCGAAGGACGAAGGAGUGGAGGCACCAUACUAGCGGGGCCUCCUAGCUCUCCCUCGAUCGUACCGCAUCACAGUUAUGACAGAUUUAGCGGCAAACGCAUGUUUUGACGCAUUAUCGGUGCUGAACAAUGUACAGCUCGUUGAGAAUGUGUGCAGCAUCUGCGGGGCUUCGCAUUACACCCAAAACUGCCCAGAGUAUGCCAAAGGGGAUCAUGUUAAGGAUAAGCCCGCGCUUAACCUUUCAAGGUCGUCGGUCCCGAACGGUCUACUGAUAAUGGACACCCAUUCGGGUAGCUGUGUCGUCACGUCGCAAAAGUUUGCCAAGGGAACCCGGUUCGGUCCACUGCUCGCCCAGAAGUCUUACGCCCCGAUCAAGAAUAUUCCAUUUCCACUCGUACUGUUUGCGGGACCGUACUACCAUCAGGACGAGUAUAGCAGCGAUCUGCAGUCACUGCUCAGCGGUACACGCAACAUCUACCUGGACACACGGAACGAAUCCAAAUGCAACUGGAUGAUCCACGUUAAUCUGGCACGGUUUUCCAACGAGCAGAACCUUAUUUGUUAUCAGGAAAACGACGAAAUCUACUAUACCGCAAUAAAGGACAUUGAAUUGGGAGACAUACUACGGGUGUGGUACUCACGUAACUACGCCGCCAAAAUCGGUGCCUCAAUGUUGGAACCCAGUCCAUACGAUAUCUGCACAAAUAUACUCCGUUCGGUCAGCAUGGAUUAUGGGUUUGAUUUGGAGAAGCAUCAAAACAACAACUUCCUAAUGGAUGAUGUCUACAACCGUCCAUCGGUGACCGUUGGAAAUUGUGGAAGUACUUCGGUGGGACAGAACAUCACAUCGCAAUGCGGUACUACAGCAGCUAGCACAAGCACCAUGACUGCAAAUGGAAGUCCUUGCACAUCCACCAUGGUGCUUCCAUCUUCCUUUGACGAUCGAGCAUUAUUGCAGCACCACGGUUUGGGAUGUAGCACCAACAAUGGGCGAAAUUCAAUCGAUAUCGAUAAUAAUAAUAACAGCAGCAGUUUUUGCAUGGACACCGACAAUGGUCCCAUGAUGGCAAAGGGAGCAGCUGUAGGAUCUCCCGCUUCCACUACGAUGACAUACGACACUGUAUCGUUACCACCGAUCGAUAGUCUGAUGAAAACGACUUCACCAAAAUACUCUACCUCCGCCUCGCAGCAACAUAUCUUCGAUAUGGAUCUGCUAGAUUCGGGAGUCUCUACAAACGUGCCUGAUUUGGUAGACGAUUAUUUCAACACUUCCUCGCUCAUUCAUUCUAGUCACCAUGAUGAGCCUCAACACCAUCACGAUCACUUCCUCGAAUAUGAGAAUAUGCAGCAACAUCAGCACGGUAUGUUGCAAGGGCAGCAUCAUGGGGGAGAAAUGAUCUCAUCGUUGCAUACGGACGCAACAACCGAGCUACGGUUGCCACGACACGUUUACUCCACGGAACAGAUAUCGCCAGCACAUACGCAUACGCAUCAUCUUCAGCAUCAUCAUCAACAGCAACACCAGCAGCUAGGAUCAAUGCCGACCGUUGCCGAGUUUCAGUGCCUUCCGAAUGAUACGUUAAGUCCUGCCGAUCUGAUAAACAUUUCGCUCGGUGCGAGCGAUGUCAACAUUGCGUUUGAAACGGGCUUUGGAGAUUCAGCAGGAGUUGGCAACUUAACCGAUGGAAACCAUAGCCUGUUAAGCUAUGAAAGAGGCACCGAUGACAUAGAUGGCGCAUUUGGUGAUAGCGCCGGUUUCGAUCUACUGGCAACGACAACGCAUUCUGUGCACGAAAAUGACGGACCGGGCGAUAAAAUGCACAGUCGAUUUUCAUCCUCAUCGGACUCCCUGAUCACACUGCAUGACACAGGUGUUGGUGGUGCUACCGCCACUCCGACACCACCCUCAAUGGUCGUUGCAAGUAAUGCAGGGGUAGAAGUGGAUGCAGAUAAAAAGUACAUCUGUGAGGUGUGUCUGCGCAAAUACAUGACCAAAUCGAAUCUCGACAAACACGUGCGCAAACACAAUCUGUAUUUGUGCGUGUUCUGCAUGAAGCUAUUCCAGCAAGCGGAUGAGUUGAAGGAGCACGAGUGUAGCGAACGCAAAUCUAAAACGGCUUACCUGCACUGUCCAAAGUGUUUGAAGGUGUUGUCCAAUUCUUGGUCAUUGCAAAGGCACAUGAAAAUACACAAAGAUCUCACCCAAGAGGAACAUUCAACGUUGGUUCCAAACAGUGCGCCUGUUGAACAAUUGGAAAAACUGGCCGUAGAUGGAACAAACGGUUCGAAAGUGGCAACUGCAUCGUUUGAAGAUUUAUCCAAUCCUACCCCGAUUGAGGAUUUAAAACCAAGCAUCGAAGCACUAGAGGGAGCCGGAAACAUAUCCCUACGGCUUACUGCAGACGCGGACGACAAAAAUGAUAUCUUAAAUUCGGAAAUGACUGCUGCUGUGCAACGUGAUGCUAAUCCUCCAUUGCUAACGGAAGCGGAAAUAAAAAAGGAACCCACCUUCGGAAACACGGGCUCAACUCCUGCAUCGCCGCAAACUAACGCUGCAAACGUGUCUAAUCUCACAAGCAUCAUCCCCAUUACAAACAUGAGUUCUAGCCAAGAUAUGAUCACGAACGUGCAAGCUGCCAACGGCAAGCAGCUCUACAAGUGUAUCGUUUGUUCGAAGCUAUUCAAAAAUCCCAACGCACUCGAAAAACAUCUCCGCAAGGUGCACACCGUGUAUACCGUCUCAAACGAUUACAAAUCGGAAAAGAAGGUAUUAAGUCAACUGAAUCAGAAGAAAACUUCACCGAUAAAACCAGCGAUUGCCAAAGCAUUGGCUACCAAGCUUUCGCAAAAGAGCAAAAAGCAAGAGGAAAUGGCAGCGGCAGCUGCAGCAGCCGCAGCAGCAGCAGCAGCGGCAGCGGCAAUGGCAGCAACAACGGCCCCUAAUUCCGUCGAACAUACGGAUGAAAAGGUUUUGUCUAGAAACACCGGUAUGAGUGCUGGUGGUGGUGGUACAUUGGUUAAGCAAAUACAUCAAGGAGCAAUAUCCGUAGCCGCAUCUUCAUCAUCAUUAUCCACAGAACAUGGAACCGUUGGUGGACAAUUGCGGAUUCACAGUAAAAAGAAACAUACAUCCGGUUGUGUCAGUGAUGGAGGAAGAAACACCCUGGACAACGUGUACAACAACAGUACUGUGCCUAUUGCAGGAGCUCAAAUCGUGGGUAUUAACAGUACGAUCACCGGCGUGAGGAUCACUGAUCCACUCAUACCUACCAACAAUGGUGAGGUUUGUGCAGUACCACACAGUGAUGUGGCGGCGAUCACAAAUGGAACAGUCACGUCAACGACAGCAUCACCCGCAGCUGGCAAAUCUCAUAGCAUCAUCAUCAUUUCUAACGUGGAACUUACCAAAAACAAUCUGAUCGAUACUAGUCAACUGUUUCUCAACCAAGGUAACACGCACGGUACCGGUGCAGGUAGUAGCGGUGGCAUUAACGCUUUAGGAAAUAAAAUCGACCUGAAAGUAUUAAACUCUACGGACAAACUACCGAAGCUGGUGCCCAUCUCCAGCCAUCUUCCGCCGCAUAAUCAGCUGCUUCACCAUUCUCAACAUCAUCAACAGCAGAAUGUUGUUGGUGCCAGCUUAGCUGGUACCACUACUUUACAGCUUUCUGGUGCUACCAUAAUGGUUCCUUCGGGCAUGACUUCUACAGCGACUUGCCAUAAAAACGAUGUAGGAAGCGUAGCUGCCGAAGGUGGAAGUUUGUCCGAUGGGCAUCGUUAUAUUAACGGAGGUAUUCUCACGACACCAUCCACCUCUACGAUGAUUGCACCACACACAGCUGCCACUCGCAUGCUUACACUUUCAAAUGUUUCGGUGGUAGAAUCGAACGGUGCUGCGAACAACGGUGCCCUGGAAGAUAUGAACGUUGAUGAGAAACAUCAAAUUGACAAAAUCAACACCGGUGUGAAUCAGGAAGAUCUAUCCGACGGUCGUGAAUGCACAUUGACACCCGAUGAUGAGUGCAGCAUAUCGCAAACAGCGCUAUCCACAUUUCCCUGUGAAGAAUGUGAUCGUGUAUUUUUGAAGAACUACCAAUUGAAGCGACACAUGGAAAUCCAUGACAGUGUGUACUAUACCUGUCCAUACUGUGAUCGUGGCCCGCUAAAGGCAAAGGCCUCUUUACGAAAGCAUCUUUACAAUGCUCAUGCUGAUCGGGCACCACCGAAAGAUCAGAUCAACAAAUUCAUCACAACGCUCGUGGUGACGGAUGAAAAUGUACUCCGCGAACUGGCCAUGAAGAAUGAACGUAAAAUUCGCAACAAAAGUGCUAAACAGCAGGCCAAACUGAUCCAACAGCAGCAACUACAGCAGCAGCAGCAACAAUCACCACAGCUACAAAGUAUGGCCACGAUUGAUAUUUCAUCGCCAAGCGAUAACUUCGCGUGCCCUUCGCCGGGACCCGCUCCAACAGAUGGUGGCAUAAUUAUGUACGAAAACGAACUCUCGGAAUCGGUGCUGAGUGACCAAGUCGAAGAUAUGCUAACGUUCAAAACUAUCUUCCCAACGGAGGAGGGCAGCAUCGGUGACUCUUCCAUGGAUCAGAUCGAUCAUGUGGUGCUGGAAAGUUCCGAUCAAACUAGCACAUGUAGCAGCAACAACACGGCAAAUGUAGUGAACAGUGGUCAAGUGAAUGUUCUCAAUCAUGAGGAAAAGAAACGGAAAGCAGGCACGGAUGGCCGGGAACUUCAACGGCAACAGCAACAUAUGGCAACCGAAAGGAUAGCGAUCACUAACUCGUCUGUCGCUGACGGUAAGCGAAUGAAAAUCGCCAGCUUAACACCGUGCACUAGCGGGGCUGAUCGUGUUGAUCAAGCUAGCAGCAUCAUUUCCCUUGGUAGUACAAUGGAUGAAUCUUAUGAAGUUGAGCCACUGCAGGAGAACAGUCAUAAUAGCAGUCAGAACGGUCCAUUGAUCAUCUCGUCCUCCAAUGGCACAAGCAACACGCUUCGAUAUUUACGCAAGAACCAUUUAUCCACUAUUCCAACGACGAUCACGAAUUCUGCUAUUGAUUUGGUUACACCUAGCGGAUCAUCAUCACAUGGCAAUGGUAGUCAGCAGAACCAACAUGGCCACCAGUAUCAGCAUCAAGGUAAUAGUGCCGCUGCGCUGGAUGGAAGCGGUCAGCUCAAUUUAGACAGUCUGUUCGGUAACAUAUCGAUCGACAACUAUGAAUUCGAUGAUAAUGCCACUAUUCAAUCGUUCAGUUUAAUUGAGGAAAAGUUUAAAACAUCGUUCGACCAGAUCCAGGAGAAGCUCGAUGCCGAACUUCCGUUCGACGAGGAACAGAUCAAAUGGCAAAAUAAUAUCAUGACAAAUGAUUCAUCUAACGAAAUCGGCGACAAACUGUUGACUGGCGAAGGAAACAUAAUGCUAAUAUAGUUUCUACGAAGGCUCUCCAUAUUAAGGCUUAAGGAUGCUGCUAUAUCAGUAGCUAACGCAGGUCUUUUGUUCGUCUGGCGUUCAUUUAUCGUUUGUGAUGCAGGGGACAUUCUAUAUUAGUUUCUUCCAUCACAAGUUUUAUUCGAAUGCGGGAGGGUAAUUGUAAAGCUUUUACAAAAUGUUUGACAUACUAAAAUAACUGACAACACGUUGGCGCACCCAUUGUAAACCAGGCGCCAAGUUUUCUUUAAUUUAUUUGAAUUAUUUAUUCAAUUUGUUCUUGUUUAAACCAUUUUUGCUUUAAAAAGUUGUUUGUUCGUUUCACAUGAAUUUUGUACGUAAGACCAUAACAUCCAAUCAUUUCACGUGUCAUGUUCUAUGGGAAUUCAAAUUAUAAAUUAAUGUUAUGAUCUAUUUAUUAAAUUAUACUAGCUAUUAAUGCAUCACCCUACAAAUGAAUUUUUUUAUAUAUGGAUGAAAAUCGCGCUUUAAGUUUUCUUGCCAUUUCUUGUUUUUGUACAACAAUUAAAUUACAACACUAAAGACUAUACAAUUCGAUUUCGUUUCCUCCAUUGAAAGUGGUAUAACUUAUCGCAUCAUUAGUGAAUGAGAGGGAAAAGAUUAUACAGCAUCAUCGAUUGGAGCGAUACCAUUAUUAUACAUAAUUCGAUUUGCAAAUCCAAACGUUGGAGGCAAACUAAAAACUUGCGUGUGCGUGUGUGAUUUUUAUAGCUGGUGAAAUAUUAACAAAAUACUGUUCAAAUGUGUUUUAUAUAAAGACUCUAGUCUACUGGAAGAGGUUAUAGAUGAUCAUAUACUUAUUUGUAAGCAGCAGUUUAUACUAAGGUUUUUUGAUCUGCAUUCACAUUUUCCCAAGCAAACGUACCGAAACGGUGUGAUAUGCGAGUCCAUAACAUGAGAAUAUAAAUUAUAACGCAGAUCGAAAAGCACUACAGCACUUAUCCGACUUGUAAGCAGCCUGCACCGGACUGUGUGUAAGGAGCAAGGAUUGACGAACGUAACUUGACUGAAAGUUUUUAAGCAUAAUGAGAAGAAAAGGACCAUAAAAUAACUAUUGUUUAACGUACAUAGCUAUGAUACUAAAAGGUAUAGGAUCGGCAAUUUGAACGCAGAAACAAAACUCGCAUCGAAACCAAUACAUGUCAUUGCGCCAUUUUCUUUUAUUUAUGUGCUGUAGUUAAUUUAUCGGUUUAUUGUACCAUAUUACAACCAGCUAGUUAAUAGAAUAACGAUGAAUCGAAGAUGUAUAUUGUAUACCAAAUGAGAAUUGUUCGACUACAGCAACAUCGAAAGUGGGAAUUGAAACCAAAGUUUUCUUACAUGAAUUGAAUUUUCUUUCUUACCUUCUACUAGUGUUAUAAGAUAUUGUAACGUUUGCUUAAUACAAGAAUGUUUUAAGUAAAAUAAUAAACAUGCGGAAAAGUGCUUUUUAUUUAUAAA